ACUGCGCAUGUACGGUGGCCCUGAAAUCUUUCCCUAUCGGCGACUGUCUAAAUUGGCACGGCGCAGCGCUGAAACGUGAGGAUAGACUGUCACUGAGACGAGCAGUUUAUUUUUCUCCAAACCAGCCAGUUUAAACCUACUCGGUGGAAGCGAAGCGUUACUGCCUAUCAGCCUGUCGCUGUUCUUUAGGGUUGAGAGACAACGGGUGUCACGUUCGCUGGGUGUCGUCUAUUCUCUAGCAGCGGAGGCUCUCAGCAUCAAUUCUUCCCGUAGCUAGCGGUUUGUGGCUAACGCCUGAAAGGUGACGAACACUAUCCACCGCCAAGAUGUCCGGGUACCAGGGCAAGAAGAACAUCCCCCGCAUCACGAGUGAUCGUCUCCUGAUGAAAGGGGCAAAGAUCGUGAAUGAUGACCAGUCCUUCCUGGCUGAUAUCUACAUGGAGGAUGGAGUCAUCAAACAGAUCGGGGAGAACCUGAUCGUGCCCGGCGGGGUGAAGAUCAUCGAGGCGCACGGCGGCAUGGUGAUCCCCGGGGGUAUCGACGUGCACACGCGCUUCCAGAUGCCCGAUCGGGGCAUGAUCGCCGCCGACGACUUCUACCAGGGCUCCCGCGCCGCCCUGGCUGGAGGCACCACCAUGAUCAUGGACCACGUGGUCCCAGAGCCCGGGACGAGCCUGGUGGCGGCGUUCAACCAGUGGCGUGAGUGGGCAGACGGCAAGUCCUGCUGUGACUACUCUCUACACGUGGACAUCACAGAGUGGCACAAGGGCCUGCAGGAGGAGAUGGAGGCACUGGUCAAGGACCACGGUGUGAACUCCUUCCUCAUCUACCUGGCCUACAAGGACAUUUUCCAGCUCGCGGACGCCCAGAUGUAUGAGGUGUUCAGUGUGAUCAGAGAUUUGGGGGCCAUCGCCCAGGUUCAUGCUGAGAAUGGUGACAUCAUUGCUGAGGAGCAAAAGCGGAUUCUGGAGUUGGGCAUCACUGGACCAGAGGGACAUGUCCUGAGCCGACCAGAAGAGGUGGAGGCCGAGGCUGUUAACCGUGCCAUAACGGUGGCCAAUCAGACCAACUGCCCCCUCUACAUCACCAAGGUGAUGAGCAAGAGUGCUGCUGAUGUCAUCGCCCAGGCCAGGAAGAAAGGCACUGUUGUGUAUGGUGAGCCCAUCUCUGCCAGCCUGGGUACGGAUGGUACCCACUACUGGAGUAAGAACUGGGCUAAAGCUGCCGCCUUCGUCACCUCCCCCCCCCUCAGCCCCGACCCCACCACCCCAGACUACCUGAGCUCACUCCUCUCCUGUGGUGAUCUGCAGGUGACUGGCAGUGCCCACUGCACCUUCAACACAGCCCAGCGCGCCGUGGGCAAAGACGACUUCACCCUCAUCCCAGAGGGCACCAACGGCGCCGAGGAGAGGAUGUCCCUCAUCUGGGACAAGUGUGUGGGGAAGAUGGAUGAGAACCAGUUUGUGUCGGUGACCAGCACCAACGCGGCCAAGAUCUUCAACCUGUACCCCCGCAAGGGACGCAUCGCCGUGGGCUCCGACGCCGACCUGGUGCUGUGGGACCCCGACAUCACCCGGAUCAUCUCCGCCAAGAACCACAACCUGGCGGUGGAGUACAACAUCUUUGAGGGGCUGGAGGUCCGAGGGGGCCCCCUGGUGGUGAUCAGCCAGGGCAAGCUGGUGCUGGAGGAGGGAACUCUGCACACCACCGAGGGAUGCGGACGCUACGUCACCCGCAAACCCUUCCCUGAUAACGUCUACAAGAGGAUAAAGGCCCGCAGCAGGCUGGCUGAGCUGAGGGGUGUUCCUCGUGGUCUCUAUGACGGCCCGGUGUGUGAGGUGACCGUCACCCCAAAGGUCAUGACCCCGGUGACCUCCAAAAAGACGUCUCCGGUCAAACAGACAGCCGGUCCACAGCCGGUCCGCAACCUCCACCAGUCCGGCUUCAGCCUGUCCGGUGCCCAGGUGGACGACAACAUUCCGCGCCGCACCACCCAGCGCAUAGUGGCGCCGCCCGGUGGCCGUGCCAACAUCACCAGCCUGGGCUGAGCAGAGCGGAGCAGCGCCAAGCCACGCCCUCAUAUGGGGGGGGUGAAGAGACACACCCCCCCCCACCCCACUCCGCUCCACUCCACUCUACUCCACUGGAGCCACACCAACACUGGGAUCCCUCCAAGCACAACCACACACACACACACACACACACACACAAACACAAACACACACACACACAUACACACACGACUCCCUGAUGUCCAUAGCCCUUUUCUCUCUCCCCGUCACCUUUCUCUCUCUAUCCCUUUCUCUCUCUCCCUCUCUCUCUAUCCCUCUCUCUCUCUCCGAUUCCUCUCUCUCUCCGAUUCCUCUCUCUCCCUCUGUCUUAUGAACGAGUCCAGUAACUCAUGAGCAGUUAUUUGCCAUUCAUCACGUAGUUUGUUGUGUUUCCCUGUGGAGUGUGUGUGUGUGUUUGUGUGUGUGUGUGUAUGUGUGAUGUCCUGUGUACAUUACCUGGGACUCACAGCUAACCCCUCAAAGUUCACACACCCAGGCACACACACACACACACACACACACACACACACACACACAUGCACGCGUGCCCAUGCACAUUCAGAUAUUUUAUUGUAUUUAACGUCGUCGACGGCGCACAAAUUUGCACGGAGGAGUGUACCACCUCCUUCAGCCAUCCAGCCGCAGCAGAUCUGGGGUGACACACACACACACACACACACACACACACACACACACACACACAGACACACAUAUACACAGCAGAUCUGGGGUGACACACACACACACACACACACACACACACACACACACACACACAGACACACAUAUACACAGCAGAUCUGGGGUGAC